CGUCCCGAUGAUGGUUUCUUCGUCGGUUGGUGGAGGUGGGAGGUGGGUGGUGGGAGGCCAUCUGCCACCGGUCUCCCUGCCUAUGCAAUCGCUCGAUCCUCUCGAUCGAAAGGGUUCCCAUCCGAUGUCGUCCACCGGCGGCGGUUCCGGGCUUCGGAUCGCGGCUGUGGCGAAUGGAUGCGGUGAAGGAGGAGGAGGAGGCGGAGGGAAUUGACCACUUCGGUCGGCUGCCAGAAUCCGUGCUGCUCAUCGUUUUCAAGAUCGUCUCCCGCCGCUUCCACGUGCUCGUCCCCCUGAUCGAAUGCCUCCUCGGCCACGUCGAUUGCGUAAUCUCUGACGAACCAUCCUCCGCCUCCGGGGGCAAUUCCCACGGCGUCUUCUCCCACCGUGCCCGCAUUGUGUUCGGCGGCAUUGUCAAACCUUUGCAGGCCAUCGGCCAGAUUCUCGCCCCCCUCCGCCGCCGUUGCCACCAGACCGAGGUGCUCGCUGUCCUCCCUCUCGUCGUCAGUGGUGUCCCACCACUCCCGGUUGGACGUCGUGAAGAACCUUAAUGAGAUCCGUUGCCUCCGGACUGAGCUCCCUGUUGGAGAGCUCGACGUCGGCGACGGCGUCCUUUUGAAAUAGAAGGUCGAAUUGUGGCCGACCCUCCACAGCUGCGUCUUUCUUGGCGCGUCUUCCAUCAUCCCCUCGUCUUCCAUCUCGCCCAAAUCCUUGAUCGCUAACCUAAUCCUAGCUUCCAUGUUGCUUGUGGAGGUGAUGAUAGCGGUAGCAUCUCGGAGUUGUACACCAAUUGAAGCUUGAAGCCUAGGGUGUUUUGGAUGACCAGCUCCCUGAUUGCCAUCUCGGCACAGCAUUACCUCUGGUCGAUCACUUUAGAGCACGAGACGCUGGAGAACUUAGAGCUCACGAACAUGGAUGGUCAGGGGGUGCUAACGACGGACCAGUAUCAGCAUCAACGAGUUGCCAUCAAACCGUCGUUCCAGCACUCUCAUCUGGAGCUUCCUGGAGGAUUGGUGCUGAAGAGGGCAACACUGGUGGCCGUGAAGCCAAGCGAGGUGUGGGGUAGGGAGGUUGCCAAUGAUGGAGGUUGUCAACAAGCUAUAUGGAUUUCUAAUGCAUUUGAAGAUCCAUAUAUACAGGUCUGCAGGGAGGAUGCUUGUCAAGAAGAGGAUUUUCUAUCUGGAGAUGAGUUCCAUAUCGUGUUAGAAGAGAUAAACUUAAGAGUGGGAAACUCUGUCUCCUAUCCUAUCUAAUGAUGUGUUGAGGGGUUCAUGAGGGAGGAAUGUCUUCGAGAGAGAUAGCAUGAACAACAAGCAUCUCAUGUUUGUUCAUAAGUGUUGACAUCUGGUCUAUAAUUCAAUGCUACAUGAAGACAUAUGAUCGAGAGGGGUGCUUAGCAAAAGUCAUCUCAUCGAAACGUGUCGGAUAUGUGCGCUUCGUUUUCCAUUGCCGUGUGAUCACAUUUUGCUACAAGUCAAUUGGGCUCGGUAAGCAUUAAAGAAGGCAACAGGAACGUCCACCCGUUCGUUCCCCAUUGUUGAGCCGGUCAUCCCUCCCCGGCCGCCAGCCAUAUUCGACCCAAGGUUUACAUACAACGCCCCGCGGCUGCUAUAGUCGCCGACGUCGACUCUUUCAUCGAGAGGAUACAGGCGAUGAAGCCAUGGAUCAAGAUCCUGGUCAUGGCGCUCGCCGGCGCCGUCGUCUUCCUCCUCCUUCCCCUCCUGUUCUGGUGUCGUCUGCGUCGGCGACUGGUUCCCCGGACCGCGGAAGCGAGUCCUCCUCAGAGCCUGCAAUCCGGGAUCGCCAGGCUUCAGCUCGCCCACGGAUCGAACACCAGCGGAAAGGUGGGUCGUCUCUUCCACCACCACCUCCACCACCGCCCGAGCCAAGGCCAGGACCAGGACCACGUGCCGACACCUUUCUGUUGGAACGACCAUCCCGGGCUCGUGGUGGAGGCAGUGGAGAACGGGUGGUCGCGGUUCGUAUUCGCGGCCGGGCGAUCGCCGGACCACUUGCACCCCCGCUGCGCCCCGGUCUGGGGCCUGUGCGUCGUCUGCGACGGGGAGAGCGACUCCGUGGAGACGAGCUGGGAGGUGCCCGUCGGAUCGGCGGACUUCCUGCAAACGGUUCGGCUCAAUCCGAGGGCGCGGAGGAGCGGCAGCACUGGUAGCAGUCCACUCCUCCACGGCGAAUCUAUCUCCAUCGCGAGGAUGCUUCUCCCCUUGCCCGGCCCGUCUCUGCGCGUCUCCUCCUUUCCGCAAGAUGCCUACUUCGAGAUCACCAUCUUGUACCUGAAACCACACCAACAGCAGCAAUCGUCUUCUCGCGCCAGCAGGAGGGCCAAAGCCGACGCCGGCGGCGAGAGCGAACGCGCGAAGCUGAUCGCCGGCAAAUUCUUGGAAUCCCCGUCCGACGCCACGGCCCAUGACACCGUCACUCCCACUGUAAUCGACAUCAACAGUCCAAACCACGGAUCCAAAUCCACCAAAGAGGAGGGAGGCAAACAGAGACACAGCAGUCUUCUCUCCUUGGGCCUCACCCAUGGCGGUUCGCUUCCCAGUCGACCAUCGCCCGGGACGUAUCGGGGAUCCAUCGGCUUCCACUCCGACGGCUCUCUCCAUCUCGACGGAAUGAAGCUGGUGUUCGAGUCGGAGAAGGCCGAGUGGGCAGAGGUGAACAGGGUGAUCGGCUGCGGCUUCGACCCCAGCAAGAAGAAGGUCUUCUUCACGGUGGACUCGGAGCUGAAACACGUCAUCCACUGCAACUCCGACACGUACAAGGCCCCGCUGUUCCCGCUGAUCUCAGCAAACGCCGACGCCAUGUUGCUGGUCAAUCUGGGCCAGAGCAAGUUCAAGUACGAGCCUGCAAACGCACGUCGAACGCCGAAUCCCUGCUUCAUCCGCUCCUCCUCGGUCGACGGUGGCGCCAGCACCAUCGGCUACGAGGACAGCCGCGAGCUGUUCUCGAUGGGGAGGAUCGACUCCGAGUGGGUUGAUGCGGUCAAGAAGAGCCAGAGCAGCAGCAGCAGCAAGAAGAGCAACGUGAACUACAACAACGACGGCAGCACCGUCAUCGAUGUGGAUGCCGAUUCUGAUCUCUUCGAGAUCUCCCUGCACAUUUGACAGAUCAUGUUGUGGUUAGAAAAAUGUUACGACUCCAGCGGUGGAAGCAGACGUCAUUGGAUUGCUUGGUGCUGGUGACGCCGGCCAUUGCAGGUGUGUGAUGGAGAGAGAAAAGAUAGCAACAGGGAGAGUCGCAUAUCGCGUCUGUUGUUGCACUAAUGAUUCAGGACGCAAGAAAACGAGAGUGCUUUCUUGCGAAGAUAGGACUGACAUCAUUCAUCUGUGCGUGCUAAUUUAGUCUCCUGUUCAUAAAAAUAACACAGUUGCUGUUGCAGUACGAGCGGAGUGUUUCAACUCCAUCUUGUUGA